GCUAUAGCCUUUCUAUAGAUUUUUUUUUUUUUUUUAAUUUGAACUGCAUUUCAUGGAACAACAUUGUACUUGAUAGGUAGCCCAUAUUUUCUUAUUAGUGCGAGCUUGAUUUGCUUGACUUACACACACAUAAAAACGAAUGUUUUUCUUUUUCUGUAGCUAAACAAUAAAAAUCCUCUGCUAAAAGUGAGGUAUUAACAAAAGAUUAUGUUAGCUAUGGACUAUUUAGCAAUUCUCAUCAAAUGCUUGAAGAUGUUAAAAUAGUGUGACGAGAAUAGAUUCUAGAAAAAGAUUUUCAGUUUUAGUCUUCUAUUAUUUAUUUUUAUUGAAUUGUUUUAAUCUUCCUGAAAAUGUUAGAGCAAAGCCCAAUUAAAAAUGAAGUAAAUUAUUAAUUGUGUCAUAAAAACCCUUAUGGCCACGCACUUAUCGUCUCCUAGAUGAACAUGUGCAUGUAAAAAAUCUUACAAUAUAGUGGAGGCAGUCACUUAAUAUAGAUAGAUUUGAAAUCUGAUUCAAAUCACAUAGAGCACUACUACUGUAAAAUUUGCAUGCAAUGUUAGACUAUUGUAUUGCCCUUUUGACAAUCAGCAAAAAAUGUAUAUUACAGCUUAUAUACUUAGUAUCUUAAUUAAGAUUAAUUACCAGUCAAAUAAAUAGAAUUAUACCAUUUGCAGAAAGCCUAGAGAACGUGCUAUCACGUCUUUCAGCCUAGAGAAAUAUCAAUUAUUAAACACGUUUUUUUAAUUUUUGAAAGUUUGUCUAUAUACAUAGAGUUAAUUAGGGUGACUAGAUUAUUUUGGUGGGUGAACAAAACAAUCUAGUUUCCUUUACUAGUAUUAUUAUUAUUACUCUCUUACUAUUUUAUUUUUUGAUUUAUUAUGACAUGUUGUUUCCUUUGCUUUGGUUAUUGUAUAUUUGUUGUUGCUACUGUUCUUUUCUCCAUUAUUCUCAACAUGACUGCUUCUCCGCCAUGUUUUUUUUUCAUACUUUAUUUGAUAUGCUUUACUUGAGCCGAGAGUUUACCGGAAACAACAUAUUCAUAAGGUAGGGGUAAGACUGCAUAUACACCACCCUUCCGCCUCACUUAUGGAAUUCCAGUGAGUAUGUUGUUGUUGCAGAUGCAAUAUGCACGACGCUUCUUAGUUUGACAAUCAUCUGAUUCUUAAGAUAUAAUAUUCUUAUUCUACGUUUUUUUUUUUUUUUGUUUAAUAUAUUGAAAAAUAUUAGAGAUGGAAAUACAAAUUCGGUAGGUGACUUGUUUCGAUCACAUCAUCAGUAUUUUCUUUAUUUAGAAAAGAGUGAGAAUGAAUAAAAUACAAUGAAGCCUGUUAUUUAAGACAUCUCUGGGAGGUCUUUCUCUCUUCUCUUAAUUGCUUACACAUUUUUGUCUCUCUGCUGAGAGGAUUUUAAAGUACGAAAAAAAUUCUUUUCAUAAUUUCGAAAGUUUUUAUAAAGUAAUUUGCUUCCCCUGACUUUUUCAUCUGUUUCUACUUUCUAUGAGUAUAAUUAUCAUUCAUAUGUAGAUUUUGAAUCUCUAAGCAAUAAGCUCGUGUUGCAAGUUUCAAUUGAAGAAAAAAGUACAUUCUGAAGAUGGCUUCAUCAAACGAAGUAUCAUACAAUUUGUUUAGCCAAAAAGCCAUUGGACUAGUGACACCCAUCAACAGUGAAGAAUUUCAAGAAGAAGACAUUUGGGGUUGUACUACUACUACUACUACUAAUAAUAUUGUUAAUGAAAAAGUUCAGCUCAGUUCCAAGUUCAUCAUCACAAGUAUUAAAGAUCCGAGAAGGCUAAUUCCCACAACAAUCAAGAUGAUCCCAAAGUCAAAAAAUAAGAAUUCAGUACAAGAUUUCAACAUUGUUCAUCACUCUGCCCCAAUAAAUAUACAUGAUUGGUCAAAGAUUUAUGGUACAGGUGUAAAGAAGGAAAUUGGUAACUUUGUGACAAAUAAUAGUAAUUUGGGAAGUGAUGAUGAAGAAGAAGUUGAAGAAAAUGUGAUGCCUCCACAUGAAUGGCUUGCCAAAAGGCUUGGGAGAAGGCAAAUUUCUUCUUUUUCUGUGUGUGAAGGUGUUGGAAGAACUUUGAAAGGGAGAGAUCUAACCAGAGUAAGAGAUAUUGUUUUAACAAAAACUGGAUUUCUGGAAUAAUGUGC